AGGAGAGCGAUCAUGCGACCCUGGCGGUGACGUUAGACAUAUAUACGAUCUAAGGUGGUGACCAUUUCGUUUGAGGUUAUGUGUGUUUGAGGCUAGUCCUGUUGGUCAAACAAAAUUAUAAAUCUUUGACGUACGUUGUUUGUCUAAAGGCGAAGAGGGAAAAUAAAUUUAUAUUGACCUUAUUUCAUUGCAUCGUUCAUUAUUUACCGCGCUACCCUGAAAAAACAACGGAGGUUCCAAAUGAGUAAUAAAGCAGGAGGCGGUAAUGAGCUGAAUCCUAUUCAGGAAGAAUUAACUAGCAGAGUUCGCGAAGUAGGAAAUCAAGCGAUCUGGAGCCUUUCCAGCUGCAAGCCAGGUUUUGGAGUCGAUCAGCUGCGCGACGACAUAACGGAAACUUAUUGGCAGUCCGAUGGUCAAUUACCGCACCUUGUGAACAUUCAGUUUAGGAAAAAAACUACUAUUCGAAAUAUUUGCAUCUAUACUGAUUUUAAGUUAGAUGAGAGUUAUACCCCGAGUCGAAUAAGCGUCAGAGCUGGCACAAAUUUUAAUGACCUUCAAGAGGUAGAAGUAAUGGAUUUGAACGAACCUAGUGGUUGGGUCAUUUGUCCAAUCAAGGAUAUAAGCGAUCGACCUAUCAGAACAUUUAUGAUUCAAAUUGCAGUGGUUAGUAAUCAUCAGAAUGGUCGCGACACGCAUAUAAGGCAAAUCAAGAUUCAUAGUCCUGCCCAGGAUAAUCCUGGACCUCAGGCAACCCAUGUCACAGGACAAUUUCUCACCAACGAGUUUCAACGAUAUGCUACAAUUAGAUAACAUAGACUAAGCUUUGCAAACACAUUUAUAUUCUUCAAAGAAUAUUUUUAAGAAUAAUAUUGAAGUAUUAGAAAAGCUAUUGUAACGAUUCGUUAUUUACUGGUGUAACCUCAUACAGUAUUCCACGAGUAUAAAAGAAAUGUAAAUACUGUCCAUUUAAUGUACAAGAAAUGUAA